UAACUCCCCUGCGCCACAUUAACCAUUGCUAAUAAAAGGACAACCAAGCAGAAUGCAGGUGACUAUCUUGUGAGCGAGUUAGUGGGACGGUAUGUACCUGACUCCAAGCCACGUGAGAUCAGAUACUACCAAUUCUUGCCUUACUUCCUGAUUGCCCCCCUUCCGAUCACUGACCAGGAAACCAUCGUGAUACUAACUCACCCCCCCUCGGAUUAAUGCGACCUUGCGAAGCCUGAGUGUGCACGAUGCAUCAGGGAGGGGCACGCGAUGUCUAGGCUACGAGACGAGUCGACAUUUCCUCCACCAUACCCCCCGUCACUCGAGUCGAUGCCUCCGGCACAAGCAGAAGGCCGGUGACCCAAAUGCUCGGACAAUUGAAUCCGCUCGCACUCCCGACGCCUCUAAAUCUGGAAACUGAAGUCCGGGCCCAGCUCUUCUCGACUUUUAUGAACACAUUCUUCGCUUCCAACUCUAGUCUCAAUGUUCUCAGCGCAAAGGAUGAUAGCUGGUACUUCCUCAUGGCGCGGUUUCCGUGUCUAGCCGGCGAGUCGGCGCUUCUAGACCGGUCCAUCAAGGCCCUCGUGUGCGCAUUCUCGGGGGGGAAAGCCAACGACCUCCCGCUGAUGAAAUACGGCGGGGAAUUAUAUAGCGAUGCGCUGAGGGUGAUGGCAUGGAUACUCCGCCAGCCUCGUUCCGAGUGUAAGGAAGCAGCCGCCCAGAUGUUACUCCAGCACUGUCUCGACCUGGCAGAAAGGCUGCACACAUGUUUGCCUGAUGGGUUGAGCGAGAGCCGCUCCUCAGAGAGUCGACUUUCUGCGCCCUGGGACCCCAGCGUGCUGCGACCUGCUCCAGAGCCACUACCUUUCCCGGAAAAUGACCUCGCUCACCCGCCACUGUACGAAUUCGCCAAUCUAGCCACAGCCAAAACCGUUCUGCUCUUCUGAAUAGGGGCAUUGACGAUCCGCGGACUCAUCUCCCACACCAAGACGCUGUGCCAGGAAGGUACCCGAUCGACGCUUGGUGCCGUCUCAUCGACACUACUAUGCAUAUCGGCCCGCAAAAUCCGCCGCACGGUGGCGUAUCUCAUGCAGUGAGGAUGAUGAUAGGAGAAUGAGUAGGACUGACUCGGCUACCCUUCUUGCUAUUCUUCUGUCUGGUACCAUAGCGCUUACCUAUGUUUUGAAUUAUGGUUAUAGAUGAGCCACAUACCAUGCAAGAGGGGUGA